AUGCCUAAGUUCACCAAUCCCGCCCUGAUGCACACCAAAGCCGGCGCCCUCAAGUCUCCUCCCUACCUUCAAGGGCAAAAGAAGGCUGACUGUGUCAAAAGCCACCGGCUGGCUGAUAUCAUCACCAAACAGUUCACACCAUUCCUUGACAGGCAAGCUGCCGGUCAAGCUGCCGGUCAAUCUGCUGAACCCAAAAAAUCACAUAGAGAUCGGGAGUUGGAAAGAGAUAUCAACAAGUGGAUGUGUCUCUCUGAGUGUAUGAAGACUACUUGUGAGGAGGCCAAAGCCAAAGGGGCCAAGUCUUUUAAGAUUUUCAAGGGCAAGAUUGGGAGUGUCAUUGAGGAGAUCAAUAAGGCUGCUCUUACUUAUGAGCAAGUUGAAGUUCCUGCAGUUUCCGGUGCCUUUUAUCUUGCCAUUGAUAAAAAUUACACCCGCAUGUUUGUCUACUUCAGCAAGGGUUUUGAGAUGGUCUACGGGGUUGAAAUUGGGAACUGGGUUCUGAAGUCUACAACUUACAACAUUGAGGAGUAUGCUGAACUCCAACCACCUGAUAUUCCCAGUGUUAAAGAUAUUAGGCAUGCUGAGUACAAGAAUUGGCUUCUUGCCAAUCCUCAUCUUUGUUGGGCUGAUUGGUCAUGGGCUGGUGUUUACCAUUGGGGUAUGUGGAUGGAAAGAGGUUAUAAUGAUGAUGCUGUCAUCACCAAAGAUACUCUCAAAACAUCUCAACACAUGAAUCUCGUUCUCCCCCGCCUUUUUACCUCACUAGGCAAUCUUACCAGAGCCAAAAGAAUUUUGCUUGGUGCCGUUGACCAAGAUAACAGAGAUCUUUGGGUCAAAAUGAUUACGGCCUUGCCAAAGGAGGAGAAAUAA